UUUGGGGGAGAGACACCAUGAGCAGAAGGAACAGUUACUUCCCAACUUGUCCCCUUGCCUUGUCCCUGCCAGGACUCACCCCCUCUCACUGAGCAACUGAGAGAAUAGAAUAGAGAGUUAGAGCUGAAGGGAAGGUCAGGGAUAAGCAUUCUGGUGCAACACAUUCAUUUACAGAUGAGGAAGCUGAGUCCUAGUAAGGCUGCCCAAGAUAAUACUUGGGGGGAGGGAGGGCAGAGCUGAGACUGGAACCCAGGACUUCUGUCACCUAAUUCAUCCUUUCUAGUAUAUCCUGCUGGUGUUAAAAGAAUAUGUAGGUCGCCGUUAGCAACUCUGGGAUUCGACAGCAGCUUCUAUUUCAGAGUUUAUGGUAAGUGGCUGGUGCUGGCACACACUCACACACACACAAACACAUACAACACACCCAACCCUUUAAGGAAGUGGGUAGCAGAGCAGUAGGGGUGUGGUUAGCAACUCAGAGGAGGAAAGGGGGGGAAAAACCUGUCAGCCCUCCUCUCACUCUGCACAGGCAGCUCCUGGGUGAGGCAACUAGCCACUCAGCCAGCCCCUUCCUUACCUGUCCUGCUAGCAUCCCCCACCUUAGCAACUCCAGUUUAGGAGAGACCCCGAGAAGAGCCGGACUCUCUAGCCACUUCUGCCUUCCACUACUUUUGAAGCCUGGCUUAACUGAAUAUCUGACUUGUGAUCUCCUGGAACCAGGACUGAGAUGUGCUGGCCCUAGCUGUCUUCUGGCAGUAUGUCUGGGGUGUCUGAGCCCCUGAGCCGAGUGAGAGUGGGCACCCUGCGCAGGCCCGAGGUCCCCCCAGAGCCUGUUGUGGUGGUGCCCGUGGAUGUAGAGAAGGAGGAUGUACGAAUUCUCAAGGUCUGCUUCUACAGCAACAGCUUCAACCCUGGAAAGAACUUCAAGCUGGUCAAGUGUACUGUGCAGACAGAGAUCCAGGAGAUCAUCACCUCCAUCCUGCUAAGUGGGCGCAUUGGACCUAACAUCCAGCUGACUGAGUGCUAUGGCCUGAGGCUGAAACACAUGAAGUCAGAUGAAAUCCACUGGCUGCACCCCCAGCUGACAGUGGGAGAGGUGCAGGAGAAGUAUGAGUGUCUACACGUCGAAGCUGAAUGGAGGUAUGACCUGCAGAUUCGCUACUUGCCAGAGGACUUCAUGGAGACCCUGAAAGAAGACAGAACUACGCUGCUUUAUUUUUACCAACAGCUACGGAAUGAUUAUAUGCAACGCUAUGCCAGCAAGGUCAGUGAAGGCAUGGCACUCCAGUUGGGCUGUCUGGAGCUCAGGCGGUUCUUUAAAGACAUGCCCCACAAUGCCCUUGAUAAGAAGUCCAACUUUGAGCUCUUGGAGAAGGAAGUGGGACUGGACCUGUUUUUCCCAAAGCAGAUGCAGGAGAAUCUGAAGCCCAAACAGUUCCGAAAGAUGAUUCAGCAAACCUUCCAGCAGUAUGCCUCACUGAAGGAAGAGGAGUGUGUCAGGAAAUUUUUCAACACGCUUGCUGGAUUUGCCAACAUUGAUCAGGAGACCUAUCGCUGUGAACUCAUACAAGGGUGGAAUAUUACUGUAGACCUGGUCAUUGGGCCUAAGGGCAUCCGCCAGCUGACAAGUCAAGAUGCAAAGCCCACCUGCCUGGCAGAGUUCAAGCAAAUAAAGUCCAUAAAGUGUACACCAGUAGAAGAUGGGCAAGCACUACUCCAGCUGGGUAUUGAAGGAGCGCCUCAGUCCUUGUCCAUCAAAACUUCUUCUCUGGCUGAAGCUGAGAACAUGGCCGAUCUGAUCGAUGGCUACUGCCGGAUACAGGGUGAACAUAAGGGCUCUCUCAUUCUUUGUCCCAAGAAAGAUGGCGAGAAGCGGAAUAGCCUGCCUCAGAUCCCUACCCUACACUUAGGAGAGAGGAGAUCUCACUUCUCAGAAAGUUGCAGCAUUGAGUCAGAUAUUUAUGCAGAAAUUCCUGAUGACACCCUGCGGAGGUCUGGAGCUCUGCAGUAUGGUGUUGCACGAGAGGAUGUGGUUCUGGGACGAAUCCUGGGGGAAGGCUUCUUUGGGGAGGUGUAUGAAGGUGUCUACCAGAACCACAAAGGAGAGCGAAUCAAUGUGGCUGUGAAGACCUGUAAGAAGGACUGUACCUUUGAAAAUAAAGAGAAAUUCAUGAGUGAAGCAGUGUUAAUGAAGAACUUGGAUCAUCCCCAUAUUGUGAAGCUUAUUGGUAUCAUUGAAGAGGAGCCCACAUGGAUUAUUAUGGAGCUCUACCCAUAUGGAGAGCUUGGACACUACCUGGAGCACAAUAAGAAUUCCCUGAAGGUGCUCACUCUCAUCUUGUAUUCGCUGCAGAUUUGCAAGGCCAUGGCUUACCUGGAGAGUAUCAGCUGUGUCCAUAGGGAUAUUGCUGUUAGGAACAUUUUGGUGGCUUCUCCUGAAUGUGUGAAACUUGGGGAUUUUGGUCUUUCUCGGUACAUUGAAGAUGAAGACUAUUACAAAGCCUCUGUGACUCGCCUCCCAAUCAAAUGGAUGUCCCCUGAAUCUAUCAACUUCCGUCGGUUUACAACUGCCAGUGAUGUCUGGAUGUUUGCUGUGUGUAUGUGGGAGAUUCUGAGUUUUGGGAAGCAGCCCUUCUUUUGGCUGGAGAACAAGGACGUAAUUGGAGUGUUGGAGAAAGGGGACCGGUUGCCUAAACCUGACCUCUGCCCUCCUGUCCUCUAUACUCUGAUGACCAGGUGCUGGGACUAUGACCCCAGUGACCGACCCCGCUUCACAGAACUUGUAUGCAGCCUUAGUGAUGUUUACCAGAUGGAGAAGGAGAUUGCUAAAGAACAAGAGAGAAAUACCCGCUAUCGGACCCCUAAAAUUUUGGAGCCCGUAUCCUUCCAGGAUCCCCCACCCAAGCCCAGCCGGCCCAAGUACAAGCUGCCUCCACAAACCAACCUUCUGGCUCCCAAGCUGCAGUUCCAGGUACCAGAGGGUCUAUGUGCCAGCUCACCUACGCUCACCAGCCCUAUAGAGUAUCCAUCUCCAGUUAAUUCCUUGCAUACCCCACCUCUCCACCGGCACAAUGUCUUCAAACGCCACAGCAUGAGGGAAGAGGACUUUGUCCGCCCCAGCAGCCGAGAGGAGGCCCAGCAGCUGUGGGAAGCCGAGAGAGCGAAAAUGCGCCAGAUCUUGGACAAGCAGCAGAAGCAGAUGGUGGAAGAUUACCAAUGGCUUAGGCAAGAGGAGAAGUCCCUGGAUCCUAUGGUGUACAUGAAUGAUAAGUCUCCAUUGACCCCAGAGAGGGAGCCUGGAUAUACUGAAUUCACGGGACCUCCUCAGAAGCCACCACGACUGGGAGCUCAGUCAAUCCUACCAACAGCCAACCUGGACCGGACGGAUGACAUGGUGUACAGUAACGUCAUGGAUCUGGUUCGAGCUGUCCUGGAGCUCAAAAAUGAACUCAACCAGCUGCCCCCAGAAGGCUAUGUUGUUGUGGUGAAGAAUGUAGGCCUAACUUUGAGGAAGCUGAUUGGAAGUGUGGAUGACAUUCUGCCCACUCUGCCCUUGGCUUCACGAACAGAAAUUGAGGGGACCGAGAAGCUGUUGAACAAAGACCUAGCAGAGUUAAUCAACAAGAUGAGGCUGGCCCAGCAGAAUGCAGUGACUUCUUUGAGUGAAGAAUGUAAACGUCAGAUGCUCACAGCCUCCCACACACUGGCCGUGGAUGCCAAGAACCUACUGGAUGCUGUGGAUCAGGCCAAAGUGCUCGCCAAUCUAGCCCACCCCCCAGCCGAGUGAAUGGCUGGCAGCAUCCAUUAAGAGGCAUUGGUCCUGACUAGGGUGGCUCCCUCGCCUGUGUGCCCUGACCCCCAACUUUAGUGUCAUGCAUCCUCCUUCUCCUGCCUCUUGUCUUGCUUUUAAUGUUUAUUUUCUUAGGGGGCUGGCCUGGGGGAUUCUUCCCUUAGUCCAUUUUGCACGAUUUCUUCCCAUUUCCCUCCCCCUGGUUCUAUUAGCCCCUGGCCAGAUAAGAGCUCCCUUCACCUUGCAGACUGUUAAGCCAAGAAGGCAUUUGUAUAUACAAGACACUGGACAAUGGAAGCUGGGAUAGUGGCAAUGGGAGCUUGAGGGUAGCUGCCCCUGUGCCCCUUCCCCCCAGCCUUUCCUUCCCAUUCCAACCCCCUUCUUUUACAUAGUGUAUUCAUCAGUGGAUCCCCCAGUGCCUGUGGAAGCUGCCCUGGCUUCUUGCAUGGACACAGCAGGCAGGGGCUGGAGCUAUAACUGUUCAUUCUAAUUUUUCUGUGAUCAAUUAGUGAUUCCCUGGAGAAGGCCAGGGUUAGCAGAGGCACCAGCUGAAAUACAGAGGCAGGGGAGCCCUGUUCUAGGGACUGGCCUUGCGAGGAUACAGACUGAACUGAUUUUUUUGUAUAUUGUAUAGAGAGGGGUUUAUUUAAUGUGCAGGUUGGUCUGUACUGACUGUCUCAGGCAGGAAUGUCCCUUACUAAAAGGGACCCAGAACAAGUCAAGAAGAGCCUGAAGGGAAAGGAGACUGUUAGAGUGAAUGAUACAAGCACUGGAUCUGGAAGGGAGAAGAAGAAAGAAGCCAGAACAGGAAUUCUGGCCACAGUCCACCUUUCUUACCUCUCACCUUCCUCCUUUUUUUCCUUCCUCUUUCCAUUCCUCAUUUCCUUUCAUCUUCUUUCCCUCCCCCUCUUACUGCCUUUCUGUCUUCUUUCCUCUUUCUAAACCCUUUUCUCUCUCUUCCAUUCUUUCCUCCCUCCCUUUUUUCUCUCCUCUUCCCUAUCUCCUUUUCUCCUCUCCCCUACUCUCUUGCUUUCUCUGUUUUCUCAUUCCUUUCUUCUCUUCCCUCCCUUUCCCCUCCCUUUCUCUUUUCUUUCUCUUGCUCUCUUCCUUUAUUUUUUGAUUGUUUACGUAAAACACUCUACCAUCUUCUUUCUAUUUGAUUUGUGGUUGAAUUAAAAAUGUACCAUUUG